AGACGCUUCAUUUUCGGAAAUGUGAGCGACAGGCGCCACUAGAGCAGAAUGGGAGUGACUGUCAUGUCACUGGUGUACAGCAGGGGGCAGUGUCGCCUCAACAACCUGACAACAAAGAAGCUGCGUUUGUCCAGUGCGCAGGCGCAGUUUGAGAGAGGGUUCUGUUCUGUUGACAACGCCAGUGAAACAAGUUAACUUGGGUAAAUUUACGAGUCUUUAUUGUCGUCAGGGAUGCUUCUUCUCCUCCUCCACCAGCUCCGCCCCCCACCAGCCCUCCACCCCUGACUCCUCCUCCUCAUCGACCACUGAAGGAGUGUGCUGCAGGAGCCAUGGUGGACGUCGGUAAAUGGCCUCUCUUCUCGCUGCUGAGCAGCGAGGACCAGGCGUCGAUUCGCCAGGCCUGCGUGUUCGGAACGUCUGCCAACGAGGCCGUUUACGUUUCCCAUGGAAAUGAGGUGUUUGCGUUCGGGCUGAACUGCAGCGGCUGCCUCGGCACCGGCGACAGUUGCAGCACUAUUGUUCCAAAGAAGCUGGACUUCCUGCAAGGAAAGAAGGUGAUCAGCCUGAGUUACGGCAGCGGCCCCCACGUCCUGCUGGCUGCAGAAAAUGGUCAGCUGUUUGCAUGGGGCCACAACGGCUACAGCCAGCUGGGCAACGGCACCACCAACCAGGGACUGUCCCCCAUUCUGAUCAGCAGUCACCUGCAGAACAAGAAGGUGACCAGGGUGGCGUGCGGCUCCCAUCACUCCAUGGCGCUCGCCGAGGACGGAGAGGUCUUUGCUUGGGGUUAUAACAACUGCGGGCAGGUGGGAUCAGGAUCCACGGCCAACCAGCCGUAUCCCAGGAGAGUCAGCGGCAGCCUGCAGGGAAAGGUGGCCGUGGACAUCACGUGUGGUCAGACCUUCUCCAUGGCGCUGGUCAACAACGGAGAGGUUUACGGAUGGGGCUACAACGGAAACGGGCAGCUCGGUAUCGGGAACAAUGGAAACCAGCUGUCUCCGAGUCGCCUCGUUGCUCUCCAAGGUCUGUGCGUUCAACAGGUCGUCUCAGGAUACGGACACUGCCUGGCGCUCACAGACGAAGGGCUGCUUUACGCCUGGGGGGCAAACACCUACGGUCAGCUGGGGACGGGCAACAAAAGCAACCACCUGAGCCCCGUCCAGAUCAUGGCCGACAAAGAGAGGGUGGUGGAGGUGGCAGCAUGCCACUCGACGCACACUUCUGCGGCUAAGACCCAAAGCGGCGAGGUCUACAUGUGGGGUCAGUGCCGCGGCCAGUCCAUAGUCUUCCCCCACCGCACCCACUUCACCAGCACCGACGACGUCUUCGCCUGCUUCGCCACUCCUGCCGUCAUGUGGCGCCUGGUGUCCAUGGAGCACGAUGACUUCAUGACGGUCGCCGAGGCGCUGAGGAAGGAGUUUGACAGUCCGGAAACGGCCGACUUGAAGUUCAUGGUUGAGGGCAAAUGCAUCCACGUUCACAAGGCGGUGCUGAAGAUCAGGUGCGAGCAUUUCCGCUCCAUGUUCCGCUCUCAGUGGACAGAGGAUCAGCAGGACGUGAUUGAAAUCGGCCAGUUCUCCUACCCCGUCUACAAAUCCUUCCUGCAGUUCCUCUACACCGACGCUGUGGACCUUCCGGCUGAAGACGCCAUCGGCUUGUUGGAUCUGGCCACCUCGUACUGCGAGAACCGGCUGAAGCGCCUGUGCCAGCAGAUCAUCAAGAGAGGAAUCACGGUGGAAAACGCCUUCAUGCUUCUGUCUGCAGCCAUUCGAUACGAUGCAGAGGACCUGGAAGAGUUCUGCUUCCGGUUCUGUGUGAACCAUCUCACUGAGGUGACCCAGACCGAGGCUUUCUGGCUCGUCGAUGGAGCCAUGCUCAAAGAGUUCGUCAGCAGAGCCAGCCGCUGCGGCGCCUUCAAGAACUGAACGCCACCAAAAAGACGGUUAUUCAGAGACUCUGAUGACCGCGUCAGGAAAACAGGUUGUUUAUUUACUCUGAAGGACAUCCUGUUGGCACUUUGGUUAAAACCUGUGGACUUUUACUACAAACUUCUGUGUUUAUAUUUACAAGAUGAAGAUUUUCUUGUUGUUUUUUUACCGUUUUCUUUUUAAUUUACUGCUAAAUGUAUGCAGAAGAGCCGUGCUCAGGAGUUAAGUCUCUGUUUAGAAGCUGAAAGCAUCUAAUUUAUGUCUUUAUGUGAACUGAAACAGUUUUAAGUUCCAUCUGAUUUACAUUCCUGUGAGUCUUAAUUUAUUGCAUCUCUGAGUUUAUGGGGAAAGAAUAUAAUAAAUGUUUGAAAUUUCUUGAUUGGCAGUGAAGUCAAAUUAGUUUGAGAAGAUCAGAAUCUGUGUUCAUCCAUACUUAUAGGGAUCUUCUCUCCAUAAUAUUCCCUCUGCUCUAUUUUUUGUUAAAUAUUGUAAAAACAGUUUGGUUUAUAAAAGAAACUAGAGAAGUUGGUAAAAAUCUGUUGCACAAACCUUUGAUAAAAGUCCUUUAAAAACCUGCUUCCUUAGAACUGUAAAACUUUUAAAAUGUCACAUAAUGUUUAUAUUUUAUCUUGAAUAAUUUUGCGGUUGUUUGCGAUUUUUAUUUCAUCUGCUGAUAAAAAGGGAUUGGCCCUAAAGAGGCACAAAUUCAAAGCACACUUAGGAAUUCCAAUUCCCAUGAUGCUUUGCUGGUUGAGUCACAUUUCAUAUGAUUUCUUUGGAAGUCUUGUUAUUUUUCUGGAACAGUUUAAGUUUCAUUUUCUCAGAAGUUAAAAAUGCAUUUUUAUUGGUUUUAAUUGUACAAUCCAUUCCUUCACACGGAAAAAUAUCACUUUAUUGUUACUGUUUUCAAACACUGUUAUGCUUUUUUAUCUUAUUUGGAAUAUUUUAAAACCAGUUGUAUUUUUUUUUGUUUCCCAACUUUUUCUUUGAAAUUGCUGAAAUUAAAAAUAAACAAAAAUAUUUAAA